AAGCUUGUGCUGGGUCAUGUGAUGUGAGUGGGUGUGUUCUCCUUCCCAGGAUCCUGUGCGACGUUUACCUUCAUUUGUAAAAUGGCGACAGUACAUUUACGGAUCGGAGAUUUGGUGUGGGGUAAACUUGGUCGGUACCCACCCUGGCCAGGAAAGAUUGUAAGCCCUCCCAAGGAUUUGAAAAAACCAAGUGGCAAAAAAUGUUUCUUUGUGAAGUUCUUUGGAACUGAAGAUCAUGCUUGGAUAAAGGUGGAGCAGCUCAAGCCAUACCAUCCCCACAAGGAAGACAUGAUCAAGAUCAAUAAAGGCAAGCGCUUCCAGCAGGCGGUGGAUGCAGUGGAAGAGUUCCUCAAGAAAGCCAGGGGAAGGGAGCAGGCAUCACACAACUCCGCAGAAGAGAACAGUAAAAGCAAUUCCGAUGAUAAAACCAAAUCCAGCUCUGCUGAGGCGAGAGGCAGAAAAAAUUCCACAAGCACUCUUAAAUCAUCCCCGGCUGGAGAGAGUGACGAUCUCAGCCCAAAGAAACGCGGCCGCCCUCCCAAGGAUGAGAAGGAAUUAUCCGACCCAGAGCCUUCCACAGUACACAGAACGAUGUCAGGAGCAGUGUCAGGUUUCAAGUGGCAGAGUAAUCAAGUAAAGGAGGACCCUCACUUCCAUCACUUUCUGCUCAGCCAGUCUGAGAAGCCAGGUUCUUCAUUGGAGCCUAUAAGCAAACGGUUGAAGAUUUUCGAAGAGGACACGGGCUCAACAUCAAUUCAAGCUGCAGACAGUACAGCUGUGAAUGGCAGCAUCACCCCCACAGACAAAAGAAUAGGAUUUCUUGGACUAGGACUGAUGGGCAGUGGCAUCGUUGCAAACCUUUUAAAGAUGGGACACAUUGUGAUGGUUUGGAAUCGCACUGCAGAGAAGCUUGGUUCCUUGCAGUGUGACUUGUUUAUACAAGAAGGUGCAAGGUUAGGGCGCACUCCAGCCGAGGUCGUUUCUACGUGUGAUGUCACUUUUUCCUGUGUUUCCGACCCAAAGGCUGCCAAGGAUUUAGUGCUUGGUCCCAGUGGUGUUCUGCAGGGAAUAAGACCAGGGAAGUGUUAUGUAGAAAUGUCCACUGUAGAUCCUGACACUGUUGCAGAAUUAUCCCAGGUGAUCACGUCCAGGGGGGGCCGCUUUCUAGAAGCUCCAGUCUCUGGGAGCCAGCAGCUCUCCAAUGACGGGAUGCUGGUCAUUCUAGCUGCUGGAGACCGGUCGCUGUAUGAAGACUGCAGCAGCUGUUUCCAGGCUAUGGGAAAGACGUCGUUCUUCUUGGGUGAAGUGGGGAACGCAGCCAAGAUGAUGCUGAUCCUCAACAUGGUUCAUGGAAGUUUUAUGGCAACGAUUGCAGAAGGGCUGACACUGGCACAAGUAACUGGCCAAUCACAGACGACCUUUCUAGACAUUCUCAGCCACGGGCAAAUGGCAAGCACUUUCCUGGACCAGAAAUGCCAAAAUGUUUUGCAGGGCAACUUCAAGCCUGAUUACUAUUUGAAACACAUUCAGAAAGAUCUCAGGUUAGCGAUCGCAAUGGGCGACUCUGUCAAUCAUCCCACUCCAAUGGCAGCUGCAGCCAAUGAGGUUUAUAAAAGAGCAAAGGCAUUGGACCAGUCUGAUAAUGAUAUGUCUGCAGUUUACAGAGCCUACAUUCACUAAACUGCAGUUGUAAUUAAGUGUGGACCACAUUCUUGCUGUUGUGAUCAUUUCCUUUUCUAAAUGAAUCUGCUAUUUCCCCGAGUCAGAGGGAGAAGCAGUGGUGACGUGUCCAAGCCUCCCGAGCAUUGCCCUGUAAAGGGACAAAUGAAGUGGCCAGCUGUGUGCUGCUCCUUUUUGUUUUGACCUUGUUAAAGCUUGAUGGGAGAAGUAAUGCAGUGUGUCGGGCAAAUUGAAAUCCUACCCAUUGCAAUGGUUUACUUGUGUUUUUUAAACCAAUUCAAACUUCUGGUUUAGGUUCCUUUUCCAGUCACACAUGUACCAUCCACUGUUACAUGCACAUGCUGUAUUUCCUUGUUGCUAUGUUAAAGAUAUAUAUUUCAGUGCUGCAGUUGUAUUUCAUUGUCGGUGGAACACUUUCCUGUGAAUGGGUCCAGAGUUCAGCAUUUUAUUUUGUCCUACUUGAGUAUCGUUUUGUUAUGAAAUACAAGACUGGAGAAGCACCAAGGAAGGAAGUACCACUGCAGUGCCUUAAUAAAGUCUCACCCUGAUUAGCAGAGCUUAUUUAUUUGAAGAGAAUAUAUAGAGGGGAGCAGAGUGAUACUUUAUUGGUGUGUUUUACUUGUCGAUUAUUUAAAUACCUUGAAUGCAUGUUUUCAGUAAUUUAUUUCCCAGACUAGUUAUCAGGAUCAUUUUCUUAAGGGCCAGUUGUUAAUUAUUUCUAUAAAGCGAAUGCUCAAGACAGAUUUGAUCCUGUAUGUCACACCAUGUCAAGCAUGAUUCUGUAUUAGUAGCACUAUGAGAACAGGCUGGAGAACAUACAGGGCUACCGUUUUCUGGAUGUCUGUGUGUUUUGAGGAUGAAAACAUCCAUAAUUAUAUAUAUAUAUAUAUAUAUAUAUAUAUAUAUAUAUAUAUAUAUAUAUAUAUAUAUAUAUAUAUAUAUAUGCGCAGAACAUGUUUCUCCUUAACAGUAUAGCUUUUAUUAGAACCACACUGAAAGGGUUCAUUUGAAUAGAUCACAAUAAUAGUAUUAAUAACCUUCCUAUUUUGUAUUUAGUCAUACUUGUGUGAAACCAAGUCAUGGGUAAUAUUGGCUAUAAAAUAACAAAACAGACUGCAUUACUUUGAACUGGAGAAAGAUAAUUCAUACUCGGAGCUUGCACCACUAUAAAUAUUUUGAUACAGAAUGCUUCAUUUCCUGUGCAAAAAAAAAAGAAGUACUUUUUGUAAUUGUUUUUAUAGAUCUCUUAAUUUUAGUAAAUCUUGUUUACUAAUCGGGAGCUGUACAUUGAGCAGAUAAGUUAAAUAAAUGGAUUUUAUUGUUUUGCCCUAAAGCAACUCGUGCUUCCUGCCUCAGAUCUCUGUUCAUAUUGCUUCUUUACUUUUGCAUGUCCGCAGCACCAGUGACUUCACUCAUCCUGCCGUGAUUCCUUUGAUCAGUCUUUACCACAAACCCAACAGACCCUAGCUGACUUACCAGAGUAGGAUUGCACUGCUUCUGUCUCUACUGUAGCCCUUCAGUAUUUUUAUAUUAUUAUUUUAACCAAUCAAUUGAAACCAUUAAUCGUUGGUGUCUUAAUACUCUAGGCGGUUAUUGCAAGGUUUCCUGGUUCUUCUGUUUACUGCUGUGUGGCAUACAUGAGCAGCUUUGACAAGAAGUAGCCACUGCUUCAUAGCAAGUUUGCUGAUACAUGACAUUUUGUGUAAAAGAGUUUUGCCUUUUGUUCAUAAGCAAUGUUUCUCAUUCAGUAUGUAAGUGAAAAAUGUGAAGAAAAAAAUGAUUUUGUGCAAUUAACAAAUCCUCUCAAUUAAACAAAUAAAUAAAUACA